AUGAGGAAAAGUCAAUUAAAAAGUGGUGAUACGGUAAAAGUUAUUACUGGUAAAUUUCGGGGAUUGGUGGAUUAUAUUUCCCAGAUUAACCCGCACAAACAAGUGGUUUAUUUAAAAAAAGCCUUUCGGCAAAAAUAUGAUAAGUCCACGGCUGAAAGUCGUCAAAAAAGCCAACCAAAACAGGUUAUGGUGCCUAUCCAUAUUUCUAAUGUGGUUUAUUGGGAAGAAUAG